GAGAAGUUGUGCAACUCUCCACGAGUUUUUGUCAAAAAGUUAUAACGCUUUGAAGUUCUCUAACACGGUAACGUACACCUCGCACCUUUCCGGUAGCAGAGUUACGUGGAAUGGCCGUAUAAAAUAAAUACGAUAAUCUAUAUACAGAGCUGUGAUCGCUGAUUUUGUUUUGGAUACUCUAGUGGUAUUACAAGAAACCCGCUUAAAGGUCAAUCAAAAGAUAUUCAUACACAAAUACUAACUUUAAUUAAAAAAUAUAUUGAACAUGAGACGGCCAUAGUUCUACAUGUUAUUCCAGCAUCCGUUGAUUUCACAACAUCCGAAUCGAUGAAAUUGUCGAAAGAUUAUGAUCCAAAUGGUGAUAGACAACUUAUAGCUGUUAGCAAAAUAGAUAAUGAAUUGUACUUUAAACAUGUCUAG